AUGAGAGUUAAUUCUUUGUUAAAAAUAUGUGCACUUGUUCCAAGCGUAUUAUCGUCUUGUAAUCCAUUGAAAAGUACGAAUUGUGACGCGGUACAAGCAUUAGGAACAUCAUUUAAAGAAGACUUUAAAUCUAAAUCCCCAUACUUUGAUAUUGUUGAGGCCAAUGGUGUAUCUUUCGGUGAUGAUGGGUUAGAAUUGAAGCUAGCUAAGAGGUUCGAUAAUCCAACUUUGCAAUCGAACUUUUACAUAAUGUUCGGAAAGAUUGAGGUUACAAUGCAAGCAGCAGAAGGUCAAGGUGUGAUUUCGAGUUUCUUUUUACAAUCAGAUGAUUUAGAUGAAAUCGAUAUUGAGUUGUUUGGAGGAGAUGGUUACGAAUUUCAGCUGAAUUACUUCUCGAAAGGUGAUACCACUACAUACGACAGAGGUGAAUACCACGCCACUUCUUCAAAUCCAUUGCAAAACUUCCACACGUACACCUUAGACUGGACAAAGGAUUCGUUAACAUGGUCAUUAGAUGGUAAAGUGGUGAGAACUUUGGAUGCAGACAAUCCUCAAGGCUACCCACAAAGCCCAAUGUUCUUAAGAAUGGGUAUUUGGGCUGGUGGUGAUCCUUCUAGUGAACAAGGUACUAUUGAAUGGGCUGGUGGGUUAACUGAUUACUCAGAAAUGCCAUUUUCAAUGUACAUAAAGUCUCUUAUUGUCACAGAUUACUCUAGUGGUGAUAAAUACGAAUAUGGUGACAAUUCUGGUGAUUGGACUUCUAUCAAGGCUAUCAAUGGUGAAGUUAAUGGUAGACAAAAGCAAGCUGAUGAGGAUUUCGAAACUUUACAGGAUGGUGGUUCAGUUGACACUGAUUUCGAAGCAUCCAGCAGUUCGAGUUCUGCAGCAUCAUCUUCUUCAUCCUCAUCCUCUUCUUCUUCAUCCUCAUCCUCUUCACCCUCGUCCUCUUCUUCUUCUUCACCCUCAUCCUCUUCUUCUUCUUCACCCUCAUCCUCUUCUUCUUCUUCCUCAUCCUCAUCCUCAUCCUCAUCCACAUCUUCAUCUUCAUCUUCAACCAAAGCCUCAUCCACAACCAAAGCCUCAUCCACAACCAAAGCCUCAUCCACAACCAAAGACUCACCUUCAACCAAAGCCUCGCCUUCAACAUUGAUAUCAUCUACCUCCGAUGAGGAAUCAUCUUCAACAGACACUGUAUAUAGCACCUCCAGUGCCUCCACUUCAACAUCUGCCAACUCAGCUCCAACCAGUGAAAGUGCUUCAAGUUCAAAUGAAGCAAACUCCGUUAAUACAAGUUCUGAAACAGCAUCAGCUUCAUCCUCGGCUCCACAAGCCCUUACUAAUGAAAAUAUGAGUAAUCUUAUAAGAGUGUCAUCAUUUUCAACCAUUCUCACAUCCUUUAUUUGUUAUAUAUUAAUUUAG